AUGAAAAACGAUUCGCUAUACUUAAAUGAGUACCAAAUGAUGGCCGUCUACGGCAUUUUGGUCACUCAGUUCACGGGAAUGUUAUCCAACAUAAUAUGUAUUUAUAUUGUAUACCAAAUAAAAGACGUGCGAUUCAAUAGUCGACCUAAAGUUUUAAUGUCAAAUAUAGCCGUUUCGGAUACCAUACUAACUCUUAACACAAUAUUUCCCCGAUUGGCUAUAAUGAAACUCAUAGCCGACCACCCGAUAUCGGCUCAUGUAUUUCAAUCAAUUCGCAAUUAUUUGGAUAACAUAACCCUUUAUAUAACGUCAUUCACAUUUACGCUGAUAGCAUGUGACCGCUAUUAUGCUAUCACUAAAAUAUUUAACAAUCCUUUUGAUGGCAUAUCUACUAAAAAACUAUUGGCGAUAGUCUGGUGCUCGAGUCUAGUACUGUCCCUACCGUUUGUCAUAACCAGUGAAAUAGACUUUUAUGACUUCAAUACAUCGACUCUCUAUUGUUUCAAUGAUGGGCUCUACUUAUCUGAGUUGAGUUCAGAUAAGACAUUUGUGUUGAGCACUCGUAUCUUCACAAUCUUCAUUGACUUUCUGUUACCUACACUAUUAGUCACGUGGUUUACCAUUCAAAUGAUUUACAAGUUGUUUGACGAUUACAGACAAUCAUUACUUGGGAUUCAAGUAAACCAUGAUUUGAAAAGAUGUGAAAUAACUAAACGAUUUGGCUUAAACUUUGACUUUAGAGAGAGGUAUCCCUCGUCCUGUCGUUUAACUCAAUCUUAUUAUUUCUUUUACAUUGCAUUUCGUACGACAACUUCAUUCAAUUCACUCAUCUUUUUCUGGUUGAGCUCUCAGUUCAGACAACAACUGUGCGAUUAUUGGCGCAAAACAACAACAAAUUCUUUGUGA